AUGGGAGCUAAUGAUGUAGCAAAUGCUUUUGGCACUACCGUUGGUUCUAAAAGUUUGACAAUUGUCAAAGCUUACAUCUUGGCGUCAAUAUUCGAAGCUCUAGGAUCAAUACUUAUUGGGUACAAUGUCAUUGAUACUAUCAGAAAAAGCAUUGUGACUGUAUCUAUAUACGAAGAUUCCGUGGGUUUGCUGCUGCUUGGUCAAAUAGCAACACUGGGAGGGUGUGCUCUUUGGUUGUUUGUUGCUACUGUUCUCAAACUUCCUAUUUCGGCGACUCAUUCUAUAAUUGGAGCUUCAUUAGGAUUCACCUUAGUUUGUAAAGGAUUUUCGGGAGUGCAGUGGAAUCAAAUAAUGAUAAUAGCGUCGUCUUGGUUCAUCUCACCAGUGCUGGCAGGAUUCAUUGCAGUCGUUUUGUAUUUAUUGAUAGACCACCUAGUCUUGAGAAAAGUUGAUCCUGUACGAUGUGGUCUGAGAAAUUUGCCUAUAUUCUUCUUUCUUGUAAUAACUUGCAAUUGCGUUAUGAUCACAAGAGAAGGUUCUAGAGUUUUGAAUCUACGCAAACUUGAUGUCACUGAAUCCAUUCUCCUCAGCACGUCGAUAGGACUCAUUUCUUCUUUCUUAAUUUUUCUGUUCUAUAUCCCGAAGUUAAAAAAGUUCAUAAGCGAUGUCGACUUGAAUCAUGUGAAAUCUGAGUGCUCAGUCAGUGUAUCUAAUGCUUUGACGCUAGGUGAUAAAACGGCCGAGGAAGACAAAAAGGCAAAAGAAUCAGAAGAACAAGCUUCACUAUCUAAGCCCAGCAACCACUAUUUUAAAAGAUUCAAAAAGUUUUUCGACUGGCUUCUCCCUGACGCAGAACGCAUUGAUACAACAAGAACGUUGAGACUGUUUACUGCAAUUCAAAUCUUCACUGCAUGUUUCGCUGCGUUUGCCCAUGGAGCAAACGAUGUCAGUAAUGCAAUAGCUCCACUAUCGGCUAUAUUCUCAAUUUAUCGGGAUUUCGAUGUAGCACAGAAAGGGCAGACACCUUUGUUCGUCCUGAUUUUUGGAGUCUUCUCAAUAUGUUCUGGUUUAUGGAUACUCGGUCAUAAGGUUAUCGAUACAAUCGGUAAGAAUAUGUCUGAGAUUAAUGCUGCCAGUGGAUUCUGUAUUGAUUUUGGAUCAGCGGUAACAGUGCUGGUUUCAAGCAAAUAUGGUUUGCCUGUUAGUACGACGCAUUGCUUGGUUGGCUCCGUUGUUGCUGUUGGUAGCUUACGCGGUAUUCGUAAAAUCAACUGGGCUUUGUUCAGGAACGUCGCUAUAUCAUGGGUGAUCACUUUACCUGUAUCAGCUGCAUUUUCUGCAAUAAUCAUGAUCAUCCUGAGAUACAUCAUGCAAAUUUGA